UUUUUGUUCGCGUGAAACAGUUGCAAGCCUUUGAACGAUCAGCGACGACGGCGUUAACUUUGGCGCGGAUACAGCAGAUUUUUUUUUCGUUUGUUCAAGCAGGCGCCUGGCGGCUGCCUCCUGACACGUUGACGCCUCUCUGUCACCCGCUCCGCAAGCAAGCAGCAGCAACAGCAACAGCAGCAGCUUAAGCCGAAAAACAAACAACCAAAAAACAAAGAAAAAACAAACAAAAAUACAAAAACAAACAACAAAGUUACCAACAAACAACAACAACAACAGAAGUGCGAGUGCAUUGCAAUCCAUCCCAACAUAUCCGUAUAAAUUUUCUCUUUCGUCUCCUUUUUUUUGUUGUUAAUUAAACCAUAAAUUGUACUUAUUUUUUUGUUGUGACUAAAGUAAAGCCGAUAAACAGCAGGAGAGCAGACUCACUUCUCUCUCUCUCUCUCACACACUCACUCUCACUCUCAGUCUCACUCCAUUCUCUAAGUCUCAGUCUCGUAGCCGCUCGCUAGCCGUGCCGCUAGAUAUAUUCAAAUUGGCAGAACGUAGAUCCAGUAGGCGGCUGUCAGUGCCAGUGACAAAGCCGCAGCCGUAGCCGGAACCCACAAUCCGAAUCAGAAACAGAAUCAGAACCAGAACCAGAGAGCGAUAGCAGCAGUGCCAGUAGCAGCGAUAGCAGCGACAGGCCGACGGCCAAGUGAACAUAAGCCAAAAAUCAAAAGAAAAGCAAAAAAUAAACACACAAAAAAACAAUAAGAAAUACUUGAAAAAUACAUUAAAAAAGAAGAUACUUGAAUGCAUACACACUAGAUACAGUUACAGUUACAGAAAUAGAGCAACAGUAAAGAAAAGAGUGAAAAGUGAACUGGGGGAAAAGUGGCCAAGAAAAGUAUCCGUCGGCAGACCAUCUCGCAGAUACUUUUCAGCCUUUUUGUUGCAUAUUUUUUGUUGAUAUUUCUCUUAUAUUUGUAAGCGACGUGCGUGUGCGUGUGCGUGUGCGAGUGUGUCCUGUGUCCUGUGUAUGUGUGUCCUUCCACUCCAUGUCCCUCUGUCUCUCCCUUCGCCCAGUGUGUGUCCAGCGAUAACAAUAGCAACAACAAAAACAACAACAACAGCAGCGAUACAGUUUUGCCAUUGUGGAAGAAAAGCCAAGCAAAAAUCACAGAGACAAUCAGACAAAAAAGAGCUACAAGAAAAGACACCAUCAUUGUGCGCCUCAAACUGACAGCCCGAGAAGCAGCAGCAGGAGCAGGACCAGGAGUCGGAGUAGGAGCCGGAGCAGCAGCAGCAGCAGCCGCAGGAGAAGAUACACCAGCAGCAGCAGCAGCAGCAGCAGCAGGAGUAGCAGAUACAGAUACAGCAGCAGCAGCAGCAACCGCAAAGAUGCUCACGGACAUGACGCCGACGGCCGGUCAGUUGUAUGGCUCACAGAUACCGGCCAUGGGAAUGAACAUCAGCAACAUUGCCACACACUUGCAGAAGCCACAAGUUAAUCCGGAUCAUCCCAGCUUGAGGGGCACACCAUUGGCCAUGCUGGCAGCACAGUGCAACAAGCUGUCCAACAAAUCGCCGCCACCGCUCGCCGAUGCGGCGGUGGGCAAGGGUUUCCAUCCAUGGAAGAAGAGUCCCAAUUCCCCGGCUGCAGGCAGCAGUGGCAGCGGUUCCGGUGGUGGAGGAGGUGGCGGUGGCAGCAGCAGCGCCGGACAACACUCGCCCUGCGCCAUUUCAGCAGCCAGCUCGUCCAGCUCCAGUGGCAGCGCCAGCGGACAAUCCUCAAGAAGCCUCUCAGCCAGCGCCAGCACCAUGGUGAACAUAACAGCCAGUCGCCCCUUGGCCUCGUCGUGUGCGGCGGUGAGCGGCUCGGCCUCCGCCUCCGUCUCCGCCUCGGCAUCGGCGGCAGCUGCCGCGGCAGCAUCCGUGUCGGCAUACGGCGGCGACUUGUACUUCCCGAACACGGGCAGCUCAACGGCGGGCAUGGUGGCGGACAAUCAUCACAUGCACCAGGGCCUGCUGGGCAAGGUGGAGGGGGCGGCAUUUGGGUCCGUGUACUCGCGGCAUCCCUACGAUUGGCCCUUCAACACGGUGUCGCACAAGGCCGCGGAGGCGGCCAGCGUCAACAGCGUGAAUGGGUGGUGGGACAUGCACAGUGCUGCGGGUAGCUGGCUGGACAUGGGCAGUGCGGCCGCAGCCGGGAUGCACUCGACCAUGGCGAACUAUGCGAGCGCCGCGGCCGCCGGCUCCGACUACUCGUCGGCGCUGUCGCACUCGCUGUCGAACACUGCCCACCUGCUGGGCUCCGGGCAGCACCUGCUGCAGGACACGUACAAGAGCAUGCUGCCCGGACAGGGUGUGGGCGGGUUCUCGCUGCCGCACAGCUCCCCAUCGGCGGCGUCUUCGGCGGCGGUGUCUCCGCAGUCGUCGGCGCCGUCGACACCGUCGCCCCGGUCGCAGCGUCGGUAUGCGGGCCGGGCGACCUGCGACUGCCCCAACUGCCAGGAGGCGGAGCGGCUGGGGCCGGCGGGCGUGCAUCUGCGCAAGAAGAACAUCCAUUCGUGCCACAUCCCGGGCUGCGGCAAGGUGUACGGCAAGACGUCGCAUCUGAAGGCGCAUCUGCGGUGGCACACCGGCGAGCGUCCCUUCGUGUGCAAUUGGCUGUUCUGCGGCAAGCGCUUUACGCGCUCCGACGAGCUGCAGCGGCAUCUGAGGACGCAUACCGGCGAGAAGCGCUUUGCUUGCCCCGUGUGCAACAAGCGCUUUAUGCGCAGCGACCAUCUGGCAAAGCACGUGAAGACGCACAACGGCACGGCGCCGAAUGGCAUUAAGAAGGGCUCCUCGGAGUCCUGCAGCGACUCCGAGGAGGCCGCCAAUCAGUCGGGUGAGUCCAACGGGCUGGGCGGCGCGACCAGUGGCCAACAGACGGGCGCGGCCGGUGGCGGCGGGGGUGGCCCAACCAGCGCCGGCUCCGGCUCGGGCUCCGGCUCUGGCUCUGGAUCUGGCACCGGCUCCGGUUCGGGCUCCGGCUCCGGAUCGGGGUCUGGCUCUGGCUCUGGCAGCCAUCCCGGCACCCCGACCUCGCUGCACGCGCAUAGCGCAUCAAGCACGCCCAGCAGCCUGCUGGGCGGCGGUCUGCACCUGGCCUCGCCGCACCAGAUGGUCGCCGCGGGCGGGUCGCCGGUGAUGCUUCACCAGCACCAGCAGCAGCAGCAACAACAGCAACAGCAGCAGCAGCAGCAACACCAACAGCAGCAGCAGUCCCAUCAGCAGCAGCCCCACCAGCAGCAGACCCACCAGCAACAGCAGCAGCAGCAACACCACCAGCAGCAGCAGCAGCAACAUACCCAGCAGCAACAUCUACAGCAGCAACAUCAACAGCAGCAGCAACAAUUCGCCCAGCAGCAGCAGCAGCAACAGCAGCAGCAGCAUCCGCACGCGCAUCUGCAUCAUCAUCAUCACCAUCAUUUGGCGGCGGGCAGUCCGGGUCUGGAGCAUCGGCUGGACCGUCUGGAUCCCAGCGCCUUGGUGGACAUUAAGCCACCGAUGGUCUGAGGGUCGCUGGGACCCUUUCUGUUCACCAACUGAGCGGAAAUGGGUUCCUGGACGGAACUGGAAUUGGAAUUUCUAUGCAACCCCAGCAGCUUACUAAACUAUAUCUACGAGUGAUUGGAUUGAUUCAUCCACCUGAUCCACUCGUACAUAUACAUAUUACAUACAAUCUACAUACAUACAUCAUACACAUCUCCAAUGCAUAAUGUAAAAUGUUUUUUUUUUUGUGAUCUGGAAUCAAGCAGAAUCCAUUUGCAGUGGGAGGCAGAAAAGAUGCAGCUAGGAACAUAAUUACUCUCGUUUAAUUGUAAAUAUUCGAUGCACUCUCUCUCUCUCUCUCUAUAUGUCUAUGUAUGUCCGUAACCACACACACACACACACACAUACACUUAAUCGAGCACUCAACACAACAACAACAAAAAAAACAAAAAACAUUUGCUUGUCGCUAGCUUAGGAAGAACGGAAAUAUACGUAAAAUAAAUACAACAGCAAAAAGUUAGUUCUAUUCGAGAUAUCGAUGGAGUGUAGCGGAGCUGUUUGUUUUUUUUGUCGAUUUUUUUUUUAAUAGUUAGUAGAUCAUAUAAUAUAUAAAUAUAUAUCUAGAGUACUCUAUCUAUAUACAUAUGUACACGCGAGGACAUAUGUAUGUAUGUAUGGUUUUUUUUUCUUAGCCUGUAAGUAAGUUAAUCCUAAAAGAAAUCUCUGAAUGAAUUAUUAACCAACAGACAAGCUUCGAGCACACACACACACACACACUCACACACACAGUUUAAGGGGGGAGAAUAAGUAAAUAAAUAUAAAGAAUAAAUCACAAACUAUUUGUUGAACAUUUAUGCAAUUCUAAUAAAAAAAAGAAAAAAAAGAAAACACCCCUUACAAAAUAUAUAGACGAUAGGCAUAAUAAAUAUAUUUCUAGUCCAAUUACGAAGCGGCAAAAGCGACGGGAGAAGGGAGAAGGGAGAAGGGGGUAUGUAUCUACAUAUGGUGUGGCAUAGGAUUUUGUUCGUUACGAUCAAAAAUUGUAUGUAAAAAGCUAAGCGAAUACCUUUGGAGCGGAACGUCUCUCAAUUCUAACUCUAAACUUGUACAUUAGAAUACAUUUUCAAGCAGCUAACAGGCAGACAGGCAUACAUACUUUUAGUGCUUUAUCAGACAAAAGACAAGCAACAAGAAACAAGCAACAAAAAAAAAAAACAGAA